AGCCAUCAGCUGAUGAACACACAGCCGAAUGCGUCUCGGCUGCGACUUACAACAGUCUGCAUUUAUCGCUAAAGUACAACGAAGCAUCCGUAGCCGUUGUAGGACUAGGCGAACGAUGAGAAGCACAAGCGAAGGGAACGUGUAAAAAUGUCGGCCUCACCGAAGUCUGUCCUUUUCGUCUGUCUAGGCAAUAUCUGCCGAUCGCCGAUGGCGGAAAGUAUGCUCUCGCACAUGCUCCGAGAGCGAGGUGUGUUAGCGGAUUGGACCGUGGACAGUGCCGCCACGUCAACCUACCAGAUUGGCAACGAGCCAGAUGGAAGGGCCAAUGCCGUGUUGCGGGCUCACAGCAUCCCCGAGAGUCACCACAAGGCAUGGCAGAUCACGAAGAAGGACUACGAGAAGUUUCAUUAUAUUUUUGGAUUUGACGAGGACAACCUGAGGAUAUUGAAGCAAAGGAAGCCAGCUUCGAGCACCAGCUUAGUGCGGCUACUGGGAGACCUGGAUCCCCAGAAGGAGCGCAUCAUACACGACCCAUAUUACGAUGAUGAGGCGGCUUUUGAAAAAGUGUUCGUCCAAAACAAGAGGUGUCUGGAGGCAUUUCUGAAAGAAGUUUUGGGAGACUAGAUCGAUGCACAAAGUGAAAUGCUGCAAGGCUGUAAAGAACUACCGGACAAAAAAGUUUUGUAUAAUGGAGGAAUGCCGUCUUUCCAAAUUAGUGUCUGCUGAUGAGUUUCCCGGUGCCCUGAUGGGUUUUGUAAAUCCUUGAUGUAAGGCCCUGUCAAAUGCUCUUUGACCCAAUAACGUCAUCCCUCCAACCUUUUGAAUUUCCACCUGGUGGUGGUGGAUCAUGAACUAUACAGCCCAGGUGCUUUGUACACCUUCGAGCAGGCAGGGUUAUUCUAAGUUUGUUUAGAGGAACCUGCCGUUCCAGCGAAGCAUUUAAAAAAAAAAUUUUUUUUAAAGGAUAUUGGCUCAGUAUCUUUAUGUGGAAAGUCUCGGAGGCUUCCAACUUCCACUGUGUUAUGUAGCUGAGUGGUUUUGUGCCAACUAACAAUUUCAAGUGCAAGAGUGUUACUUGUUACUGUUUGCAGUUUUGAAUAUUUGCCGUUUUGAAGUGAUCAUUAUCAAAAGACUGCAUGGUGCUUUGUCAAACACGUAAAUUUGGGAAAUAUUGUAAAAACAGGUACGACUGAAUUUUGCCCCCUUAUUAGAGCACCUAAAACUUGUCACAUAGAUAGGACGAAUACAGUAAUAACUCGUUUAAUGAAAUACGGUCGAUUCUAGACAUUAAAACAAUUGUUUUAAAUUAUAACUUAACCAGUGUGUCAGAUAACAUGGAAGAUUCCAGACUAGGUUGAAGAAUAAAAAUCACCGACUCUAACAUCAGCUUUGAA